AUGGCUUCAGGUCCGAUACAAGCCUGUUGCGUCCAGGGCUUCAAGUAUGACGGCACGCCCAUCGGUCACAUCGAGCCAAGUUUCGUCAACACUCAGUUUGGUCCAGUUGACGCUUAUAUUGCCGAGCCCACCGUCGACGGCGAAAAGCAUGGGAUUCUCUUCAUUCCCGAUGUCAUUGGCCAUUCGUCAACCAAUGCACAACUUCUUGCGGACCAGUUCGCUGCUCGAGGUUACCACGUCGUCAUACCUGAUCUCUUCUACGGAGAUGCCAUCGAGGCGAGCAACUUUUACAACAUCGACCUCUCCAAGUGGCAGCUAGGCCAUUAUUCGGACAGAAAGCUCGCUCAUGACCCUGCAAGUAUUGAUCCCAUCAUUGAAGGAUGCAUCAAGAAGAUGAAGACGGAAUUUGGCAUCAAGAGACUUGGCGCGGUCGGAUAUUGCUUUGGCGCCAAAUAUGUUGUUCGCUUUUUGAAGGAGGGUUCAUUCGAUGUCGGCUAUAGUGCCCACCCUUCGUUUGUCGACGCGGAAGAAUUGGCAGCCAUCACAAAGCCAUUCUCUAUCUCGGCGGCGGAGAACGACGAUAUCUUUACCGUGGCGGGCAGACAUCAGAGUGAAACCAUUUUGAAGCAAGCUGGUGUUCCCUGGCAGAUAGCCUUGUACGGCGGCGUCAGCCACGGCUUCGCUGUAAGAGGCGACAUGAAGGACAAGAAGCAGCGAUUUGCCAUCGAGUCCGCCUUUUCACAAGCCGUGGAUUGGCUCAAAUUCCACUUGGAUGAUUGA